GAGAAGUCGGCCACCAGCUCCUUAGUGCGUCAGAGUCUGGGUCCGGUCUUCGCCCUGCUGUGGCAGGGGCUUUUCUUCCCGACGGAUGCGCUCACCUGGAGCACCUUCGCAGGCUUUGGCACGAUCCUCUUGGGCAUCAUCGUGACGGUGGUGGCCAAGGCCUAUCGAGAAGAGGCGCCGCAAACCUACGUCUCGGUGGAGCCGAAGGAGGAACUGGAGCGGAACAAGGAAGAACCAGAGGAUGUCAACGAGUCCGGCAUCGUGUAUGGGAAGAGGAGUGCAGAGACCCUGCCCAAAGAGUUGCAAGAGCAUGGCCCAUGA